AUGGGAGGAGUUCGUGAAAAGAAAGCUGAAUAUUUCGCUAAAUUAAGAGAAUACUUGGAAGAAUACAAGUCCAUCUUCAUUGUUGGUGUUGACAAUGUUUCUUCUCAACAAAUGCACGAAGUCAGAAAGGCUUUGAGAGGCAAGGGUGUCGUCUUAAUGGGUAAGAACACCAUGGUUAGAAGAGCCAUCAGAGGUUUCAUUUCUGACAUGCCAGACUAUGAAAAAGUCUUGCCUUUUGUUAAGGGUAAUGUUGGUUUCAUCUUCACCAACGAAUCUUUGAAAGAUAUUAAAGAUGUUAUCAUUGCCAACAAGGUCGCAGCUCCAGCCAGAGCUGGUGCUGUUGCCCCAGAAGAUAUCUGGGUUGCUGCCAUGAACACUGGUAUGGAACCAGGUAAAACUUCUUUCUUCCAAGCUUUGGGUGUUCCAACCAAGAUUGCUAGAGGUACCAUUGAAAUUGUUUCCGAUGUUAAAGUCGUUUCAGCUGGUAAGAGAGUUGGUGCUUCUGAAGCUUCUUUGUUGAAUUUGUUGAACAUUUCUCCUUUCACCUACGGUUUGACGAUUGUUCAGGUUUACGACAACGGCCAAAUCUUCCCAGUUUCCAUCUUGGACAUUACUGACGAAGAAUUGGUUUCCCACUUUGUCUCUGCUGUUAACACCAUUGCUUCUAUCUCUUUGGCUAUCGGUUACCCAACCUUGCCAUCUGUUGGUCACACUUUGGUUAACAACUACAAAAACCUAUUGGCUGUUGCCAUUGCUUCCAAAUAUGUCUACCCAGAAAUUGAAGAAUUGGUUGACAGAAUUGAGAACCCAGACAAGUACGCUUCUGCUGCUCCAGCUGCUGCUGCCGCUGAUUCCACUGAAGCUGCUGCUGAAGAAGCUGCUCCAGAAGAGGAAGAAGAAAGUGAAGACGACAUGGGUUUCGGUUUGUUUGAUUAA